AUGGGAGAAGUUUUAAUGAGGGAUGAAAUACAAGACUUAAAGUUACUUUCUUCAAUCCCACCAAACAGAAUAUCAGAUGUCAUCGUUUCCUUAAAAAAACACUUUCCCUUCAUUUUCGCAUUUGAUUCUCCAGAACGCCUCUUUCCUCUUGAUGUUAGCCAGGAUUCAACCGGUAGAAAGUAUAUUUGCUGUGAUGCUAACAGAUAUAUGGGGUCCACAAGAUCACCCUGGAAUAAUGCCUUCCUUCCGCAUAUCUCUGAUGCUCCUCUUCCAAAAGAACAGCAUAGAUAUCUUGAAGAGCGACUUAAUUAUGCGCUUGUACAUUACGCUAGUUCGUAUUACAAUCAUCAGCCUAUUACGUCUGUCUAUUGUCUUAGUCGUGAUGUUGGUGUUAUUGUCUGUUGCUUAAUUAAAUCACCUCAUAUUGAAAUAGCUUAUUUAAUAGACGUAAAUGAAAAAUUUAUCUCCAGCAUCAACUACAGUCUUUCUGUUGUGUAUUCAAUCAAACUGACAGAGCAGGAGUUUGUUGAUAAAGACAUGGGGAACCUUUGUUUCUCUCUUUACUUUCGUCACCGACGAUCGAAAGAAAUUAAAGUUUCUUCCACUAAUUUAACCGAAUCUCAUAUAAGAAAUAUUGGUCGUCUUAUUGAGAAGGUAGACAGCGAUGUCUUCGGCAAAUUGCGAGCUGUAUAUCCAAUACAGACCCGUCUUAUCCUCCAGGAGCUCCGAACGGACAAGUCAACACUCCCUCCAAAACAGACGAUCGCAUUCAAAGAGGAGCUCGCCGCAGCCUUGACAUCUCGAGGCGACUCUUGA